ACUUGUAUAUUUGUAACCAAUUUUUUAAUAUAUAAAAUUACGUGAAAGACCUUUCAUAAUACUGAAUUAAAAAUGAGUUUAUUUGGUGAAAUUGUUGAACCUGCAAGCCGAACUAUUUGGGAAGAUUGGGAUGAUGUUUUACCAGAAAGAGAUGAUUCUAAGUUGCAGUGGCAGAAUAAAAUCGAUAUAAACCAAGACAUUGAUACAUUUUAUUUUAUUGAUGGAAAAUAUUUAAAACAUUUCAUAGAUCUGCAAUCACAACAAUUGCAAUUAAUUAAUGAAAUAAAAGAAGUGAAUUUAAGACUUUAUAAAAUUAAAUUACUCCAUAAAUAUCUGUGUACAAUAAAAGAUUAUGAUAUUGUUUUAAGCAGUGAAAUAGUUCAAUUAUUAGAACCAUAUCUAGAAUCAUGUAAAAAUAUUAUAACCAUCCAAACCAUUCCAAUUUCGGAGUAUCGAAGUACCCAGUUUCAUGUACAACCAUGCGUCAUAAGAGGACUAUAUACAUCGGCAGUAGCAAAUAAAUCUGAAUUUGAGUUUCCAAAACUAGAGCAACCUAAUAUAAUAUCUGGAGUUGUGGCAGGAGUCAUAUCUUUAAGGGAAAGAUUAAAUCAAAAUGGAAUUGCAUUAAUAUGUUAUAUGGAGAAUACAGAUGACUAUCAAGUGGAAGAAUUACAAAAGUUAUUUAAUAAACUCGAUCUUGGUUCAGUUUACAAACCGACAAUUAGUAAUGUUAUUAGUUCUAAUUUAUAUAUUUGAUUUACAUUAAAUAAUAUCUUACAA